CGGAGGCGGGCAGGACAGGAGGCUGAGGAGAGCAGCGAGCCGCCCGGCCCAGCUUCGUGAAGCCGGCCGAGCAGGGCCAAGCAGAGAGCAGCGCCGGCCGCCGCCAUGCCGUUCCCCUUUGGGAAGUCUCACAAGUCUCCCGCAGACAUUGUGAAGAACCUCAAGGAGAGCAUGGCUGUGCUGGAGAAGCAAGACAUCUCCGACAAGAAGGCAGAAAAGGCUACAGAAGAAGUGUCCAAAAACUUGGUUGCCAUGAAAGAAAUUCUGUAUGGCACAAAUGAGAAAGAGCCCCAGACAGAAGCAGUGGCACAGCUGGCCCAGGAACUCUAUAACAGCGGACUCCUCAGUACACUUGUGGCUGAUCUACAGCUCAUUGACUUUGAGGGCAAAAAAGACGUGGCUCAAAUUUUCAACAAUAUUCUCAGAAGACAAAUUGGUACAAGAACUCCUACUGUUGAGUACAUCUGCACCCAGCAGAAUAUUUUGUUCAUGUUAUUGAAAGGGUAUGAAUCUCCAGAAAUAGCUCUAAAUUGUGGAAUAAUGUUAAGAGAAUGCAUCAGACAUGAACCACUUGCAAAAAUCAUUUUGUGGUCAGAACAGUUUUAUGAUUUCUUCAGAUAUGUCGAAAUGUCAACUUUUGACAUAGCAUCAGAUGCAUUUGCAACAUUCAAGGAUUUACUUACAAGACAUAAAUUGCUCAGUGCAGAAUUUUUGGAACAGCAUUACGAUAGAUUCUUCAGUGAAUAUGAGAAGUUACUUCAUUCUGAAAAUUACGUGACAAAAAGACAGUCACUCAAGCUUCUCGGCGAGCUGUUGCUCGACAGACACAACUUCACGAUCAUGACGAAGUACAUCAGUAAGCCCGAGAACCUCAAGCUUAUGAUGAACCUGCUCCGAGACAAAAGUCGCAACAUCCAGUUUGAGGCCUUUCAUGUCUUCAAGGUGUUCGUGGCCAACCCCAACAAGACACAACCCAUCCUCGACAUCCUGCUCAAGAACCAGGCCAAACUCAUUGAGUUCCUCAGCAAGUUCCAGAAUGACAGGACCGAGGACGAACAGUUUAAUGAUGAGAAGACCUAUUUAGUCAAACAGAUCAGGGAUUUGAAGAGACCAGCUCAGCAGGAAGCCUGAGUUCCAAUCGCCGUCAACAACAGCCCAUCCCCGUUCAGCGUUUGCUGUUAGCUGUCAGCUGUCCAGCAUCAGGCCUCUUACUGAUUUAUGAGGAGCAUUACUGCUAAUCUGCUGUUAGUGAACGGUUUUUUUUUCUCUUUACCUACUUUUUUUUGGUUUGGUUUUUGGUUUUGUUUCGUUUUAGUCCAAGGUGAAGAAUGUAGCUGCUGUUUUCUUACCCAUUAGAGCACCCAUGUCCUGGCUUGAUCUUCGUGUCAUUUCAGAAUGCACAGACUUGGUGGCUCGAGUUUGGCCGUGGCUGGGUUCCUGAAGGCGGCCAAAGAGGGGAAUGUGGCUGAGGGCAGGUGGGCGUCAGAGAGGCAAUUCGCCUGGGCGCGUGCAUCCACCUCUGUGAAAGGUCCGAGUCCGGGCCUUCAAGAGGACCGUGCAGAGUUUCGGUUGAAAGUAGGGGAGCCGUGUCCAGGAUGGAAGCGUGUGGGAAGAACGAGUUGACUUGCAAAUAAAUGAUCCUGAAACUUGGCAAUUUCUCAAAAGUGUGACACUGCAACCGGUCAUAAGGAAACUAUGUAUAUAUGCUUUUCACGGCUUUCUAGAAUUUUUGACAUUUGAUUUUUCUCAAGACUUGUAAACCUGAAUAUGUUGGAGGAUAUUUGUUAAUUUUACUUUUUUAAGGUAUUUUAAAACAGUAGAGUUAGCAAUGACACUUUGCAUUUUCAUUUCAAUGAUGCUUACAGGUUUCUUAUGUAUAUAAUUCUUAGAAUGCUCAAUUCUUUUAAAUGAUUUAAUUUGUACAGCAGAGGAAUGUUAUUGUAUUAGUAUGUAACUAUUACCUAAUAGUGAGUUUUGCAAAAAAACAAAACAAUGAAUGCUCAUAUGUAAUUCAAAUACUUCAGAUCACAUGAAAAAUGCUGAUUUCACAUUUAAGUACUGCAGCAUUAAAAGGAAACAAGUAAACCAGUCCUUGGUCCCCUUUACCUAGUGGGGUGGGUAUCCCCUGCAGGCUGAAACAGAGCUCAGAGCCCUGCACUGCCUUCGGCCUCCUUCAUUUACGCAAGUCACGGCUUUGCCAGAUCUACGGGUGACUACGCUCAGAUUAUGCUCCAUGGAUGCUGAUUCUUUGUGUGUGGCUGUGUGUAUAUGUGUGUGGGAACCUCUGUACUACCUUUUCUUUCUUAGAGUCAAUAAUCUAGUACCAUAGUUGUGAAGGUGAAUCAUUCAAAUGUUGGCUUCUCUUAGGAAAGGAAGAGUUCCUAUAGGUGUUCUGCGAGGAAUGUUUUUAAUGUAUUCCUUAACGCUGCAAAUUAUCAGUAUUUCUAAAGUGACUGAUUUUGCACCACCUUAUUGAUUACUGUGAUCAUGGGCAGAAUGACUUCUAGAAUCUUAAAUCUAUGUAAAGCUCUUAGGUGGUAUCAGCUGUCUUGGUUAGCAAGGCAGAGAUCACAACUAACAACUCACAUAUCACAGUCUGCCCAUUCAAAUUCAGCAUGGCUGUAGCUGAUUAAGAAAUUUAUAUAAUUCUUCCUCUGCUCACCUCUCUUACUAAUUAUCAGCCAGUAAAGUGAGCCCCCCACCCACCCUGCCCAAGUGAUGUUUCCACAGGUUCUAAAGCCUCUUUCUAGGACCCCCUCAUUAAGAAGAGGACGAAGAGACAACCAACAUCAGGUCUGGGAGUGGGGAAACGUGACACAGCUUGUAGGGAGGUAGAUUCAGUCAGCCCUGGUGAGUCCAGUCUGGUUCUUGGGGGUGUCACUCUGAUUACCGUGGUUGAGUGUGCAAAUGUUCUUCACCCCCUACAAAGAAGCAGGCUUGGAAUUUUCAGCCACAGUGAUGUGGCUCUCAGUCUGUUGGCUGUGGCACCCUAAGGUCUUCACCACAGAGGCAGCAGGUGGGCACCGUGGAGGGCAGCAGGGAGGGACACUGUCCCAGGGAAUCUGAUGAUGGAGGCGCCUGUGUUCAUGUUUUUGUUUGUAAACAGAAAUGGGACGCAGACUUGCAGGGUUGUAUUUGGGGCCGUAGUCCUUUUAAUAUGUUCCUAUUUAUCAAAACUGUUCUCCCUCCUGGAGAUGGUUUCCUUUGUUACAAAGGUUUGUUUUUCCUUGAGUCGUUUAGGCGAGGUGAUUUUUAACCCUGGAAGUAAGCAGGCAGAGUUGUACACAGUUGUUAGCGCUGCCAUGAACGUAUUUCCUUUCUCCCAAGGAAAAGUACAUUUCUUAUCAGAAUACCUGGCUGGCCCUGUAAUUUAAAUUAAAAUAAAAUUUUGGAGAAACAGCA